UGCUUCGCUCGUUCUCCUAAGUUUGUAUUCAGCCAGUGAUAUUAUUUUUGUAGAGUUGCAUGUUGGUUUUGCAAUCUUUGACUAUUUUUUUCGGUUAGCAUGGCUUUCGAUUUAUUACUUCUUUAAAUUGCAAAAUUGACUAAUUUUUCUGUUAGCAACUUAGCAUGGUUGUUCAUUAUGUUCAUUUCUGUGUAUCAUAAGAAGCAGGUUUAUUUUUUUAUCUAUACCAUUUCCAUAACCAAUGUGAUCCAAGUGACAUAAGAAAGUGUUAGGGAUCAUCUGCCAUAUCAUUGCUUUAUUCGUCAGUACCAUGUAGAACAUAGUGAUUCAUUUGAGGGGUACUUGGGGUCCUGAUUGAUACUACCUAAUCCUGUGCAUCGAACCAACUUCUAACUCCUAGAUUGAGGAGAAGUAAAUAGGGCGUGGAUGGCGAUAUCUAACCUAAACCAGCCUGAUGAAUUAUCUAACCAAUCUUAGAUUGUUGGAUUGGACUGGUGAACUAAAGUGUGUGAUCAAUGGCAAUAUCUAAAACCAGCCGGUGUCAACCAUUAAUCAACAUGUAAGUGGUGGGGGAAAAAAUCGAAACCCAUUUCAAUCUAGUGGGAAGGGGGAAAAAAUUCAUCAUUUUUUUUUUUUGGUGAAACCGGUAUUUAUAUAGCUUUUACAUGGGUACGGCCUGCCAAGUCAGAAAUAAUAAAAUGAUACAAAGGAGAGGAAAUCUCAGAGGCACUAGUCCAAAGAAACUUUCCGGUGUGCCGAGCAACAUAAGAGGCGACGCAGUUUGCGACUCUAUUUGCCUCCCGAUACAUGUGUACAGCCUGAAAGGAAGCCAAUCUCCUGACCAGUCUGCGAGUCUCCAUUAAAAUUCACCAUUGAAAACCGCAUCCCUUGAUCAAAAUCAAUUUGCUGCAACCAAAAGGCAAACCUAGAAAAAGGUCGGGUCGUCAUGAAACCCCUGACCUGACGGAGCCCGGCCCAAAAUUCUUCCAAACCACAUGGGCCAGAGCAGGGCGGCAAGAAGCAUGGGCCAGCAGCAGGGCGGCAAGAAGCGCCAUUUAAAUUUCUUUCACCCUUUACCCUUCGACGGCGUCGGCGAAAGGAAUCCAACUCCCCCCUCCCGCUUGCCCUCUUUUAGGAGCUCGAUAAGAACCGACUCGUAGGAGAGGAGAGACCGGUGUUCCUUGCGGCCCCCCGACGAUGGACGAAAUCCCUACGCCUCCGCCGCCGUGGACCUUCCCGUAAUCCGCUCCUCCUUCUCCGCCGCCACCGUCUCCCUCCACCCCCGCUCUGACGAUAUGCCGUUGGGUUCCGCCGCCGAUGGAAAGGAAGGCUAACCUUCCGCCUCCCCCGGCGUCGAGCAGCCAAAUCCAUCCGAUCGCCGGAGAGGCCAACCUCACCUCUUCCUCCUCCUCCUUAUCCUCCUCUCUCUCCGACCCGGAUUUCCUCCGACACGUUCAUGCCGUCUUCAAGCGCCACAGACCUCUCGGUACAAUGCAGUCUAACGUCUCCCGCGCGAGCCGUGUCUUGGUUUCCCAAACAGAGCCCUCGAGGAGCGCUGCUUCUGCGUCUUCCAUAAGUGGAAAUCCUUUCAGUAAGACAGCGUUGCUAACUGGAGCAGUUUUAGGAGCUGCGAGGAUGCCGAAUGUGGCAUCUGAUCAGAGGAAGGACAGCGUGGCUGAAAUGGCGACGGCUCCUCAAGGGGAUUCAUCGGUUACUCCCCCAUCAAUUACCGGAACCAUAACUACGUUGCAUGAUGAGAAUUUGAGCCCGUUUGGCUUGCCGAAGGGCAAUUCUGAAAUCCCGGUCAAUCAAAAAGAGUCAUCUUUCUCAGUUUCUUCCUUUCACUUGGCAUCCCCACAUGCUCUGGCUGACGAUCAUUUGAAGAAGGACCAGCUUGCUUUGGCUGGCAAUGCCCACGCAACUUUUCAGAAUGGGGAAAGCUAUUUGGACACUCAGGCCACAAAUUGUCAGGACCCAAAGCAGCAGGUUCUUGGGAUCAUGGGAGUGUCUUUGAGCAGUGCGAAGUUUGGUGGGAGUACCUUGUUGGAGAAGAGGAUUGAACAUAGUAGUAAUAGGUGUUAUGUGGAACCAAUGACUCGAUCUUCAGUUAUGGGCUCUUCGUGUGUCACUACAAUGUCAGUCCAUUCUGGUCCAACUUUUCAGUGCACACAUGCUCCUUUGGCUGGGCAGACUGCCUUUCCAACACAAACGUCAUCAUCUGCUAUAGAGAACUUGUCAGGUGUUACGGACCAUGCCCUUCCAGAGGGGCAAGGAAGUGCCGGGAAGGAAGCUGAUGGGCUUCAGAAUCAUCAGCAGGGUCUUAAUUUGGGUGAAAGUAUAAAACAGAUGGGGCCGUCUGGUGAUGCCAACUGUUUGCAAUCUCAGGUUCCACCAGCAAACAACACAUCAUCAAAUAUGGGUUUGGGGCCCUCUCAAUCUAGCAAAGCAGAGAAGGCUCCUCGCGAAAAGAAGUAUGACCCUGAUGUAUUUUUCAAAGUUAAUGGAAAGCUCUAUCAAAAGCUUGGUAAAAUAGGUAGUGGAGGAAGUAGCGAAGUUCACAAAGUCAUCUCAUCAGACUGUACGAUAUAUGCUCUGAAAAAGAUCAAACUCAAAGGCCGUGACUAUCCAACUGCCUAUGGAUUUUGUCAAGAGAUUGAGUAUUUGAACAGGCUGAAAGGGAAGAACAAUAUUAUUCAACUUAUUGAUUAUGAGGUGACAGAUAAAACUUUGCUCCAGGAAGUCGUGAAUGGCUCAACGACCAUAAAGGAUGGAAGGAUUAAAGAUGAUGAAUAUAUAUACAUGGUGCUUGAGUAUGGAGAGAUUGAUUUGGCUCAUAUGCUUUCACAGAAGUGGAAGGAGAUGAAUAACUCGGGUUGGAAAUUGGAUGAGAACUGGCUACGGUUUUAUUGGCAGCAAAUGCUUGAAGCUGUAAAUACGAUACACGAGGAGCGUAUCGUGCACUCUGAUUUGAAGCCUGCCAACUUUCUAUUAGUCAGAGGCUUAUUGAAGCUUAUUGACUUUGGCAUUGCAAAAGCGAUACUGAGUGACACUACUAACAUCCAGCGUGAUGCACAGGUGGGAACCCUAAACUACAUGUCUCCAGAAGCAUUCAUGUGCAAUGAGCAUGAUGCAAAUGGGAAUACUAUCAAGUGUGGCCGCCCAUCAGACAUCUGGUCUCUUGGCUGCAUUCUUUACCAGAUGGUAUAUGGCAAGACACCAUUUGCAGGAUACAAGACCUUUUGGGCCAAGUUCAAAGUUGUAACAGAUAGAAACCAUGAGAUCAUAUACGAACCAGUCUCCAAUCCAUGGCUUAUCGAUCUUAUGCAGAGAUGCCUUGCUUGGGAUCGCAAUGAGAGGUGGAGAAUACCACAGCUUCUUCGACACCCAUUUCUUGUUCCUCCAAUCCCUUCGGAGCUUCCUCCAUUCCAUGAUCACCCCUCAAAAUUGCUUAUGGAGCGGCUUGAGGUUUACUGGAAUGCUCCUGAAGUGUCUAAGCUACGGUCCGAGCUGCAUCAAGUUCUAGCGAAGCUCGACAAAGGACAGAAGGUUCGAAGAAGUACGCAUGUAGAAGCAAACGUCUCUUGAGGUGUAUAGUACUUGCAUAAGAAAAUGCUGAGACGCAGCCUGCUUGUUUGCAAUUUUUGAUCGGUUGGGUGUGCCAUUUUUUAUCAUGUCAUAAAUGCUUGUAUUAUCCAUGGGCAGAUAGAUGAAUCCUUAAGACAGACAAAAUGGUAACAGGUUUAGCUCUCUAGACUAAUCGUAUUUGUUAAGAGAUCAUGCUGAUGCUUCUCAGAGAGUGCCAUUGCUGUCCGCACACAGUACAUACAGACAAUUGAUACAGGUGUCUUGCUAAAAUUUUCGAUCUAAAGGUUAUCCGAAUCUUUCUUUCA